ACCGAGUCUGUAAAGGCUUAUAGAAGCCUGUUUGAUGCAACAAAUCUACUGCUCAGGGAAUAUAAGAGUCUGGCAGAUGAAGCCAAAAAGAAAGAAGUGUCUCUAGAGAAUGAACUGAAGAAGAAAAAGAUUGACUUGCCCAUCGAAGACCAGAUGGACCACAUCAUUAAAAUUAUGAACCAAAAGAAAACACAGAUGCAAAAUCUAGUGAAUCAGCCAAGGAGGAAAUGUUUGCUUCCCCCUGUUCCAAAAGACAGUAAUGUCAUAGGAAAGAUUGCUCAUUUAGCAUAUGUAGAAGAUGAUGAAGCAGCAAAAGUAAUCUCGUGGCAUUUAGCUAGUGAUAUGGACUGUGUGGUUACACAAACCACAGAUGCAGCUCGUCGUAUCUACAAUGAGACAAAAGGCCACCAACAGGUUCUUCCAAUGGACUCAAUAUAUCAGAAGAAUCUACCAACAUGGGGAAGGUCUUUACCACACAUACUUAAUGGAAAAAAACAAUUCAAUGCAACAGGAAAUCCAGUGUUCGCCAGAGAUCUCUUGGAUUUCUCUGACCGCAAAGAAGAGUGUCAAAAAGUUUUUGGAAUGCUUUUAGGAGAUACAAUACUCUUGGAUAAUCUAGAAGCUGCUAAUGAAUACAGAAAACAGCUAGUUACCUUUUCGUAUUGUCCAACAUUAUUAACAAGAGAAGGAGAUCGAAUACGUAGCAAUGGAAAGUUUGGAGGCUUGCAGAAUAAGGCCCCUCCACUAGACAAACUCAGAGGAACAGUUUUUGGAGCACCAUUACCUAAAGAAUAUAAUACACUUUCUGUGGAAAUUGAUUUGUUACAGCAGUAUUGUCGAGCGGUGAAGAGAUCACAGAGUGUAGAUAAAGAUCUUAAGAAGCAGAUCCAACAUCUUAACUCCCCAGAUAUGCAACAGAAGAAAAAAGAGUUGGAUGAACAUGAGAUACGGUUAAGGACAAUCGAAAAAAAGCUGGGUAUUACACCAAAAAUUCAAAAUACUGAAGUUGUGUCUGAUUGUCCUAUUCCAACUAAGCGGGCGAAAAGGGACAUAAAGGGAUAUAAAUAA